AACAUGUUUCAGCUCCAUCAGUAUCAUCGGCUACACUCCUUCCUCUGCUUUGCUCUUACCUCUAUAAAACUGCUAGCUUCGUAUCUGACACACACACACGUAAGCACGGAGAAAGAGGAGAGAAAGAAAGAGAGAAAUAUGGCGACGGAUGUGGCGGUGUUGGAACAUGGAGUGCUGGGGGAGAAAGAUGUGGGCGCGAGCGCUUGUUGCCAUGCAGGGCCUGGGUACGCCACCCCGGUGGAGGCUAUGUCUGGUCCCAGAGAAACUCUGAUCUAUGUCACUUGCGUUUACACUGGAACGGGAAGAGAGAAGCCUGAUUACCUGGCCACGGUUGAUGUAGAUCCAAGCUCUCCUACUUAUUCAAAAGUUAUCAACAGGUUGCCCGUGCCUUAUGUAGGUGAUGAGCUACAUCAUUCAGGGUGGAAUGCAUGCAGUUCUUGCCAUGGAGAUCCAUCAGCAGAUCGACGUUUUCUGAUUCUACCUUCACUGUUAUCAGGUCGCAUAUAUGUGAUUGACACCAAAACCAAUCCAAAAGCUCCAGCAUUGCAUAAAGUUGUUGAACCUGAAGAUAUCAUUCAGAAGACUGGUUUAGCUUAUCCGCACACCUCCCAUUGCCUUGCUUCUGGAGACAUAAUGGUUUCAUGCCUUGGAGAUAAAGAUGGAAAUGCUGCAGGGAAUGGCUUUCUUCUCCUUGACUCUGAAUUCAAUGUGAAAGGAAGGUGGGAGAAACCAGGGCAUUCUCCGCUCUUUGGCUAUGAUUUCUGGUACCAACCACGGCACAACACAAUGAUUAGCUCAUCAUGGGGUGCCCCUGCUGCUUUCACAAAAGGUUUCAACCCUCAACAUGUUUCUGAUGGCUUGUAUGGGAGGCAUCUGUAUGUGUACAGCUGGCCCGGGGGCGAACUGAGACAAACAUUGGAUCUUGGCAAUACAGGGCUCAUACCUUUGGAGUUAAGGUUCUUGCAUGAUCCUUCAAAAGAUACAGGGUAUGUUGGGUGUGCCUUAACUAGUAACAUGGUGCGAUUUUUCAAGGCCGAAGAUGGCUCAUGGAGCCAUGAGGUUGCAAUAUCAGUGAAUCCACUGAAGGUUCAAAACUGGAUUAUUCCAGAAAUGCCAGGGCUUAUUAGUGAUUUUCUGAUCUCUCUUGAUGAUCGCUUCCUGUACUUCGUGAACUGGUUUCAUGGGGACGUGAGGCAGUAUAACAUUGAGGACCCAAAGAAACCUAUAUUGACAGGACAAGUAUGGGUUGGGGGACUCUUACAAAAGGGCAGCCCCGUAGUGGCUGAGCUUGAGGAUGGUAAAACAUGGCAGUCUGAUGUUCCGGAGAUCAAGGGACAUCGGUUGAGAGGAGGACCUCAAAUGAUUCAGUUGAGUCUAGAUGGGAAACGACUCUAUGUCACCAACUCGCUUUUUAGCACAUGGGAUUGUCAAUUUUAUCCUGAACUUGUGGAGAAAGGAUCCCAUAUGUUACAGAUUGAUGUCAACACAGAGAAAGGUGGCCUGGGAAUAAACCCCGAAUUUUAUGUGGAUUUUGCAGUCGAACCUGAUGGUCCUUCACUAGCUCACGAGAUGAGAUAUCCCGGCGGUGACUGCACUUCAGAUAUAUGGACUUGAGCAAUUUGAAUGAAUCUUGUGGAUUGUGAUCAGUCCAACUUUAAGUCGACUGAAUAAUGUUUUUACUUUAAAUCAGUACAUUAUCAGACACAUCUGCUGUGAAGAAACCUGAAUAAAAACAUCAAUGGAUAUUUCUUCUCUUUUUAUGUC